AUGCGAGACGAUAAAUCUAUCAUUGUCGAACCCGGCCACGAGGUACUCAUUGGCUCCGACGUGCUGUGCGACAUCGUCGUGGCGUUGCCUAAGUUGCGUGUUUCUGGUUCACACAUCGCUGCUUCUUGCUGCCGUGAUAUGGCCCACGUGUUGUGCACCACGAAAGGGGAACUGCUUCUCAGCGUAUCCACCAAGAAUAUCCCGGUGUACGUCUGUGGUGUUCAGAUAGUGUCGUACCAACAGCUGGUGGAUAUUCAGCCCGGCGUUGCCGUGUCGUUCUGUAAGCGCCACCGCGAUACGACAUUUCGUUUCUUCGCCGGCAGUGUGUGUAAAUCGGUGGUGCCCCCGUUGCGGGGAAUCCUGUGCACCCCGAUGGUGCCGAUUCUCGUCGGUGGGAGAGACGCCCUGAUGCCGCUGCCGCGUCUGCCUUGCAGUCACGCGCUUGGGCAAGGGCGCUCUCCCCGAUCCCCUCGUGUGGUGCACAUAAUCGAGCCCGCCGAUGAAAAAAAUCAUGGCGGAGACGGUGACGCUGACGACGGCUAUGAUUGUGCUGAGGUUGAUGAUAAUAAUGAUAAUGAUGGUGCUGAGGAGGAUGAUGACGACGAUGCCGAAGCAGAAGGACAAUCAUAUGGAUCCGGUUACUUCAGUAGCAGCACACGGAGCUCUUCCAAGACGAGCAGCGAGCAUAUGAGUAAAUCAUACGUGUGCGACAUGCCGGCAAUCCCGAACGAGGAUGACGUUCCAUCACCAUCGCCGAAUGCUCUUGUGCCUUUUGUGGUGGAGAUGUGGGGACACCGCACGACUCUUCACUCUGUGGUGGGAAACGGCAGUGAACUGAUUGGAACUCUUUCCUCCUUUGGCCCAGCGGCGACGACAAAAAGUGCAAAUGAUACUGCAACCGACUUGUACGUCACGCGUCGUGGACGUAGUAUGCUUAAAUGUAUUCGCCAACCGCGCAUCAUGACGCCCGUGCAUGCGGCAGCUGCCAGCGUCUUGGAGUACAUUGACGACGCCUACGAGCCGCAGGACGGGACAUUCCUGCAAUUUACUGAACACACGAAAAACGCGUUACUCCAACACUUCCUCCUUUUGGCGGAGAAUACCAUCAAUGCGAUGCUGGCAAUGCCUCUGACUAUGAGAUGUCGCUCGCCCAUCGUGUGCUGUGGCGACAUUCACGGCAGCUUUGCCGACUUAAAGACAAUCUAUGAUAACGUGGUGCCCUUUUGUCAUUGGUCUCUCAUGACCAUGCCGAUUCUGUUUCUUGGUGACUACGUGGAUCGCGGGCCGCAUGAUGUGGAGGUUGUCCUUUACCUGCUGGCAUGGUACUCUGUGUGCCCUGACAAGGUUAUUCUCUUGCGUGGCAACCACGAAGAUGAAGAAGUGAACGGAGACGUGGAAUCCUACGGAGAUCUCUCAUUCCGCAUCAAGUGUCAAAAAUUCUUUGGAGAGAAGGACGGCGAAACGUUUUGGAGACGCGUGAAUGAUGUCUUUUCGACCCUUCCCGUUAUUGCAGUUAUUAACGAUACGAUCCUUGCAUGUCAUGGGGGCAUACCUUUGCUCUGUGAAAACAAGCGGCAGAGGGAGGAGUGUAAUGGGGCUGACGAUGACGGUGAUGAUUGUGAUUAUGAAAGAGAGGAGUUUGACAAGGACGAUACACCCUCUGUGGAACUCCUGCAGUUCAUUAUGGAAGGUGCGCCAGACGAGAUGAAUAAUUUUCGCUUUCGUCACUUGAUGCCUGUUUCCGAUGAUAACAUUGUGAUUGCGCAACAACGCCGCCUGAUCCGCGAGCUGCUAUGGAACGACCCUGUUUCCUCCUCGUCGCCGUGCGACACGCCGUUGUCAAGGAGCAGGGGUGAGGGGGGUGGAGAUGCGUCGUCAGUGGGGCCGCUACCUUAUGCAGAGUUUGAUGUGCAUGGCUUCCGCAGCAACAUUGGACGAGGUGACAGCACAAAUGUUAUUCGGGAAUUUAACGCUUCUGCACUUGAAUGCUUUAUGAGUCGGUGGGGCUUUACGCUGCUGAUACGGGCGCACCAGCAGAAGAGCUCAGGGCUGGAGGUAGGCUUGGCUGCCCGCAUUCUUACUCUUUUCUCCUGUUGUAACUACACCGGUGACACAAACAGGGCUGGUGCGUGCGUCAUUUUGGACGGGGAGGUGCGUCCUGUCUCGUGGCGUCGGCCCCAUCCCCUGCCUGGUGCGUCAGAUACGCGGCGUGACAUGUGGCGAGGUACCCGCUUCUCCCCGCGCCAGCUUGGCUCUCUACCGGAAAGCCUCCGCAGCUCAUUCGACCGCCUAAUCGCGGAGCAGGAGGUGCCCCGGUACGUUGGACUGGAGAAGGUAACUUUUGGCUAG